CGAAUCGAAAGGAACCACCGAAAUCCUCGAUCGAGCUCUCAUCGAUUGAGUCUCAACUUGUGUGAUUCUGUAUUUUAACGUAAAAGAAACGCGACAGUAAAUAUUAAUCAAUUAAAAACCAUGAUGUGGUGAACUUUAUCUAAAUUUAUUUUAAUAGCAGUUUCAAUAUUAAGUACACGCGGUAAUUGGUAUAUUGUACUUAAACAUCGCUGACUAUGUUUGUUCACCUUAUCGUAUUCACGAUCCUCUCGACGAUGGCGUUCGGUGGCCACUAUUUCAACAAGGAUGGAACACCGUACGAUCCUUAUCACGAUCUACACUUACCCCACAAUCCACCGCUUUAUCCGACUUAUCGCAGGGUGCCUCGUACCGGUUUCACUUGCCAGGGCUUGGAGAACCAGUUGUGGGCGGAUCUUAGCACACAGUGCCAGGCAUAUCACCUUUGCCACGAUGGACAUUUGGUCUCCAGCCAUCUCUGCGUGAAUGGGACUCUUUUUAAUCAACAAUUUCAAGUCUGCGAUCAAUUUUACAAUGUGCGAUGCGGCAGUCCCUACGGCGAUCUAUAAUAUUAUAAUAACAGCACUGAAAUUUUCCUUUGAUUUGUUUUACUUUAUGUUAUACAAAACUGUAAUAUAAUGACAUGUGUAAUGUCCAGUAUGAUAGUGUAAUGAUUUCUUUUACAAAUAAACAUGUUUAAAUU